AGCUGCCUUCUUUAUUGACAAAAAUUGUUGAUGGCUUGUAAGCUUGAUAUUGAUACCUAGGUCGCAUAGUUCGAUUUUUACACACUCACGCAGAUUGAACUUCACAAAAAAACAAGGAUGGAAUAUGAGGCUGCUGUUAAAGGUCCUCUUAAACUGAAAGGAACAGCCAACAAAGAUAUCCAAAAGAAACUGAAGAAGAAAAACAAAGAAAAAGUGAAAAAUGAGGGAGAAUCUUCUAAACCCAAGGAACCAAAUGAAACACAAGUAUCAUACAAACAGCCUGUUGUCAAAACCAAAGCACAAUUGAAAUUCGAGCAGAUGAAGGAAGAACAACAGAAAAAACGAAUUCUGGAAAAAGCCUCAAAAACACACAAGCAACGUUUCAAGUGGAAUGCCGCUAGGUAUUUUACCCAAACGUGUUCGAUCAACAGUGAUGCCUCCCUUUGCCAGAAUGCAGCAUCUUUAAAAGUCGAUCAAUUAGCUGAUAUAAAGGAGAGUGAACUUAAGGAAAUAUCAGAUCCACUUAAAUUUCCAGAUUAUUUUGGUGUCAGGAAACUUUUCAGGAUAAAAGAUUUGUUUGAUGCAAGAAUACAUUAUGGACAUACAAAUGGGACACUGGAUCCUAAUAUGAAACCAUACAUUUUUGGGUCACGAUUAGGCCAUCUAAUCUUUGACUUGGAUAAAACUGCUGAAAUGUUGCAAGAUGCACUCAACUUUACAGCUCACAUUGCUUACAGAGGAGGAAUAAUUUUAUUUGUUUCUCACUGUCCCCAACAUACUUUAACAGUAGAAAAUGCAGCUAAGCAAGCAGGAGAAUAUGCCCAUGCAAGAGAGUGGGACUUUCAUAUCUUCACAAAUUCUGAAAAAGUUUAUAAUGGUGUCACACGUUUACCUGAUCUUGUCAUCUUGCUUUCUACAUUAAACCCCCAGAUGCAGGAACAUACUGCAGUUAAGGAUGCAGCCAAAAUGUGUAUACCAACUAUAGGAAUUGUGGAUUCCAAUAGUAACCCGAAUUUAAUUACGUAUCCGAUACCUGGUAAUGACGAUUCUCCAGCUGCAGUUCAGUUAUAUUGCAAUUUGUUUCGCGACGCAAUAUUGUUAGGAAAAUCAAAAAAACCAAUGGAAGUAUACUAGAUUGAGAAGUACUUUGGUCAAGUUAAAUAAAUGUUUUUCGCAAAUAA